UUUCAAAGUCAUAAUUCCUUGCGACUCGCACAGAUUAAGCAACACAGCAGCGAAGAACCUAUUUUAAAUUUCCGACCUGCCGCAAUCACGACUCCGUAACGACGUAGUGUAGCAGACGACAGCUUCUGUAGCUUGUGCGCCAUUGUCACAGCCAGAAAAGCUAGCCACGAUCAUAUUUGGUAGGGUUCCUUUGUAGAUUGCAGCAACAGCGGAAUUCAGUGUUUAACGGAACGCUUAACUAUUCGGACAAAAUGAGUCAAAUAGGCCCGAAACGCCGCGUCGAGCGUCCGCAAGAAGGCAGCGAGGAUGGCCUGUCCUACGAUGCUGAAAUGGCUCCGGUCGUUCAGAACCCAUCCUCCCGUAAACGAGUACCAUCUCCUCAAGUUGGCGGAGACAAGGAGCCCAGCGACAACUUGGGGAGGAUCUGCGAAGAAUUCAAAAAGAUUUUGAGCGAGAUUGAACAGCAGAAUGAGAUCCUGGAGCUGUACCUGUCCGGCAUACAGGAAACCGUUGCGGUGAAGGUGGCAGAGGUGGUCGAGGAGUUCGUAAAGUGUGAGAGACGCCGCUUAGAGGAGAAGAAAAAGGCCGUCUUAGACAUCGUAUCGGAGACCAACGGCGCCCUGCAGAGAAUCGCCGAACUCGAGAAGAUGCGAGACACCAUCAAAGAGGCGAUGCAGGCGACCUGGAACGCGCUCGCUUGAAUGAGCCAUUGUAUUAUGUUGCCGAAUAAAGGA